CCAAGGGAAAGAAAACUCAGCAAGGAUUUUCGUUUAGUUCCAGCCCAUGCAGUUGAGUGAAAGGCAGGGCUACCACAGGGACGGAGCUGUGGAUCAUUAAAUAAAAGUUAGGAAUUUGGAGCUGGUUGCAUAACCUAUCUGUGCUGUCAUCCACACUUUGCUGUUUGCUAGGACUUUCCCUAAGCCAGAAUCUGUGCCCCAUUAGAUGGAAGCUGUCUGAGAGAAGCAAGGUGUAUAAGAGGCCUAGUUCUCCUUCUGAGCUCCAUAUCCUUCAUCUCUCCUUAAGUGUAUUCAAUGCACAACCCCUUGCUGAGCUCCUCUCCCUGAAGUCUCUUAUCUAGCCAAGAGGUGGCAUUGCAGGGAGUCAUUGCUGUCUCUCUGCAGCCCCCAGGCUGCUCCCUUCUCUCCUUCCUUGGUGACUCAACGGCCUUUGCCAGCUCCAAUGAUCUCAUAGCACAAGGAGAGUGGAGGCCAAGCUGGUAGCUAAAAACACUGCUUAAUGAGCAACUCUAAUAUCAGUCUUCCUCAUCAGCAGGAAUUGUGCUGCCCAUGACCUUCAGGAUAUUAGCCUCCAAUAUCACCCAUUUUGGAGAUCCUUUCAGUUUUGGGCAAAUCUAGCUAGUUGGUCCCUCCACCUGACAUCAUAACCCUACCUGUUAAGAGUUUGCUUGUGGCCUGACACCUCCUGAGAUUUAUGUUUACCAUGAACCCCUCAGGGCCGGGAUCCCAUCACCCUGAUAUCUGUAACCCCAGGCAAACUCAGGCCCAUGCACAGAGGUUGGCAUCAAAUGACCGGAGCAGGGUGGAAGCAUAGUUCUAAGCCAGAAACACUUAGAAACCUGGCUGAUUCCAGCACUCUGAGAUCCUAAGGCAGGGCGGAAAGUUUGAGCCCAGCCCGGGCAAUUCAGACUAAGCAAGGUUCUGUCUCAAAAUAAAAUAAAUAAGGGCAAGUUUUUUGAGAGAAGCUGAGGGAGCUGGGGGAGUUCACCUUGGAAAGGAUGAAUCUCAGGAAGGGCCAGCCAUAGCCCCUCCAAGUGCAGGGCUAACACCACCGGUGACAGAUCUGCACAAGGAAGGAGCAGGUGACAGACCCAAGCAACAGCUGGACCAGCUUCUUGUGAAGGAGUGAGAUCCCUGAGGCCGAGAUGAGCCCAGCCUGAGAGGAGCUGGGUGCUCCCUGAGUACCACAUGACUGCUACAUGCUUCUUCAGGAAGAUAAAAUGGAGAAGCUUGAGGAGAUUGUUGAGAAGUACCCUUGUGCCUUUCCUUGCUGGAUUGGGCCCUUUCAGGCAUUCUUCUUUAUCUAUGACCCAGACUAUGCAAAGACGUUUCUGAACAGAACAGACCCCAAGUCCCAGUACCCAUACAAAUUCAUGACACCAUGUCUUGGAAAGGGACUCCUGAAUCUAGAUGGGCCCAAGUGGUUCCAGCACCGUCGCCUACUAACUCCUGGAUUACAUUGUGAUAUCCUGAAAAAACAUGUCGAGGUGAUGGCCCAUUCGGUGAACACAAUGCUGGCUAAGUGGGAGAAGAUCUGUGGCACUCAGGACACAACCGUGGAGGUUUAUGAGCACAUCAGCUUGAUGGCCCUGGACAUCAUCAUGCAAUGUGCAUUCAACCAAGAGACCAACUGCCAGAUAAAUGGCACCUAUGAUGCUUACGUGAAAGCAGCGUCUGAACUCAGCAAAAUCAUGUUUUAUCGCUUGUACAACUUCUGGCACCACCAUGACAUAAUUUUUAAAUUCAGCCCGGAGGGCCACCACUUCCAAGAGUUAAGCAAAGUGCUACAUCGAUACACAGAAAAGGUAAUCCAGGACAGAAAGAAAUCCCUCAAGGCUGGCAUGAAACAGGAUAACACUCAGAAGAAAUAUCCGGAUUUUCUGGACAUUUUCCUUGGUACCCAGGACGAAAAUGAAGACAGCUUUUCUGAGGCUGACCUACGGUCUGAGGUGAGCACGUUCAUGUUGGCAGGACACAAUGCCUCUGCAGCAAGCCUCUCUUGGCUUCUUUACUGCCUGGCACUGAACCCUGAGCACCAGGAGCGAUGCCGGGAGGAGAUCAGGAGCACGCUGGGGGAUGGGUCUUCCAUCAGCUGGGACCAGCUGAAUGAGAUGUCCUACACAACAAUGUGUAUCAAGGAGACAUUCCGACUGAUUCCUCCAGUGCCAUUCAUUUCCAGAGAGCUGAGCAAGCCUCUCGCCUUCCCAGAUGGAUGCUCAUUGCCUGCAGGAAUGAAUGUGGUUCUCAGUAUUUGGGGUCUUCACCAUAACCCUGCUGUCUGGCAUAGCCCACAGGCCUUUGACCCCUUGAGAUUCACUAAGGAGAAUUCUGAUCAAAGGCACCCCUAUGCCUUCUUAACAUUCUCAGCCGGACCAAGGAACUGCAUUGGACAGCAGUUUGCCAUGCUCGAGUUGAAAGUGGCCAUUGCCUUGAUUCUGCUCCACUUCAGAGUGGCUCCAGACCUCACCAGGCCUCUUGCCUUCUCAAACCAUCUUGUCCUCAAACCCAAGGACGGAAUGCAUUUGCACCUGAUGAAACUCACUGGGUGUUAAAUCCAGGAAAAUCAAGAUCAUUUGUCAUGGACAUAAGACUUUUGCUGUUUAUUUCAAGGCUAUUUAAAAUUUCAAAUUAAUUGUCAUAACUUUGCUGUUAAAUUAAUAUAAGAAAAGAAAAUUACCAAAUAUCCAGUCCCAAGCCAGGAAUCAUCUUAAAGGAGCAACAUCUUAAAACCAGCAAGCAUCUUAAAGGAGCCACACAAUCCUGAAAAAAAUACUGUGACUCUUCUUGACCCUUCAACUUUGGAGGUGGCACACAAACAAAAAAUGAUGCCCAGCUUUUUUAUGUACUAAUCCUUAAGUUUUUUUAUAAGGAGUAAUAUGUCCAACCAAGUUGCAAGUUAUACCAAAUGUCAUCUCUUACUUAUUCUUCAGCUUUUCUGUCAUAAACCUUUUUAUAGAUCUGAAGAAAAUCAUGGAUCUUCCCCCAGAAACUUGUACAUACUCCAAAUAUGAAUGGCAUUUAUUACUUAAUAGCAUUGCUUGACCUUGAGCCUAUGCAUAGACCUUCUUGAGAGUCUCUCCUGUGCUAAUAAUGUUAAGAACCUUGGGAAAUGGCCAUGACUGAUAAUGGAACCCAUUCGUUCAGGGAACAAGACAUUCCACACUCAGGCAGCUGUCAGUCAUAAGUGUUUCAUAAUACUAAGCCAAAACACUCCUUGUUAUACCUUUUGUCCAUUAGUACAACUCAAAAUUUCUCUUUCAACUUACAAUUUUCAAAGUUUUUGUCAUCAUACUGUAAUUGGAGACAAUUACAGUAAUUACAAUUACUACAAUUGGUGAAUACCCACCCUUCACGCACACACCCUGAGUGGAGCAGUACAGUGUCCUAAAAUGUCUAAUAAGAACACUUACUUUUUCCUUACCUCUUUCCCCCACUCUCAUCCAUUGAUCUACAAGUUGCUGGGCUGGAUAUCUGGUAUUGCUCAAAAGUUUUCCAUUCUGCACACUGUUCUGAGAUGCAUAUCCUAUGCCAGAACAGGCUUACUGUACCACCCAUGAUUUCUUCUCUUUUUCACUUGAUACUUGUAAUGAUUAUUUGCCAGGUGGAGGGCUUUACAUACUUAACUAAAUAUAAUUUAGAUUAUCUCUAACUGUAGCUGCACACUGACCCUAUGUAUACUCUAUGUAGCCAUACCUAACAAAGAUCCUGCCACAUAGUAGGUACACAUAUUUGUAUAAUGAAUGGAUAGAUGGGUGAAUAAACAAAUGAACCAUGACCACAAGUUAACUUUUACCCCCAAUUGUUAACACUGAUUUUUUUUUUAACAAAACAAUUCUUCAUGUUCUCAGAAAAUAGGCCUUCUAGCUCUGAUACACAGACAUGUGAUAUCUGUCUCAGCCAAUGAGAGCACAUGUCACUUGAUAUAGCUUAUCCCUCUGCAGGGAAUAAUUCAAUAUGCAUUUAUUCUUCACUCAUUAGUAUUUAUUGAGCACCUCCUGUGUGCUGGAAAUUGCCUUUGCAAUAGCAAACAUAGCAAUAGACAAAGACUUUGAUCUCUUGGAGCUUAUAUGAUGGAGAGGACACAAACAAUAUAAAAAGUAAAUGAAUAAACUGGAUAUGGUGGUAUGCAUCUUUAGUCCCAGCUGCCUGGAGGGCUGAGGCAAGAGGAUGACUUGAAUCCAAGAGUUCAAGGCCAGCCUGGACUACAGAGCAAGACUGUGCCUCAAAAACAAAAAAAAGUAAGUCAAUAAAUCAAUAAAAUUAAACAUUUGUUAAGUUUAUGCUGGCUAUUGUAACCAAUAAAACCCCACAUUUCUUUAACUUAACAUAAUAAAACAUAUCUAUUUUCACUCAUAUAGUAGCAUAGUAGCUCAAUACAGGUGUUUCUUGUGGGCCAGCAGACUCCUGCUUUUAGAUUUCAGGACUCAGGUUCCUUUCAUCUCGUGGUGUGCUAUCCUGUAGGAUUUUUCUGUAUCCAUCCAGCAGACAAUGAAGAGGACAUAGAGAAAGCACACAUGCUUCUUAAUUUCCUUGCCUCAGACAUAAUACCCACUGUGUCUGAACACAUUGUACUGCGGGGAAUUAGUUGGGAGGAUGAAAGUAGAAGCACAAAUGCAGAUCCCAGCAGGACAGCAAUAACUUUAAAAUGUUGAUGAGAAAGCACAAAUACUGCUCCUCUCUGCUUCAGUCCAUUCCUUGGACCACCAAGUACUGGUUUCAUUUUCUUCUCAAAUAUGAACACAUUCACCCUGUCCUCAAGGAUGACAAAAUUGCUAUCUAGCUAGAUAGCCCAAAUUUCAGACUACAUAGGGUGUACAUUUCUCUUCAUUGGUCCUUGAUGUGAAUCUUUGUCUUUAGAUGCCCCCCGCAAAGACUCAUGCAAAUGAGGUGGGGCUAUUUUAGAGGUAGCUGAAUCUAAAGUGCAUGAGUGAUUCAUGGUGGGGCUAGGCCCAAGGAUUAGGCACUAGGAUUAGGGACAUGAGUGCCACCUACCUUAAGAAGUCUGAAUAGGACAAAUGGGACAGAAAUAUGCUUUUAAGCUCUGUUUGCUUUUGCUGUCUUCCUCCACCAUGACUGUUGCCUUUCUGCCACCCUGCCUUGGAGCAAGCCAAUUAUGGACUGAAAUCUCUAUGAACUGUAAGCCAAA